AUGGAGGAUUGCAUAGGGCAUGAUAACGGUGUAGAGAUACUCGUAGAGAUCAACAUGAUAUGCAAAAGUGGACCUAUGAAAAUUGAAGGAAAGGUCGCUAUUGUGACAGGUGGAGGUCAAGGCAUCGGAGAGAGAUUUUGUAUCGCACUACUAGAGAAAGGAGCAAAUGUUGUUAUUGCGGACAUUAAAACACGUCAGGGCGAAAGUCUUAGCAAACAAUUUAAUCAAAAAUAUGGAUUAAAUCACUUAAUCAACUACACAAAGUCAACUUUCGGUAAUGUUGACAUCCUAUGCAAUAAUGCUGGAGUUCCGGAAAUGGAGCAGUGGGAGAAAGUAUUAAACAUUAACCUGAAUAGUGUCAUUCGUGGUACUAAAUUAGCAAUGGAAGCAAUGUCUACUAAAAACGGCGGUCGUGGUGGCAUUAUAAUUAACACAGCAUCUAUGGGAGGCAUACUUCCAAUGCCAAGUGGCCCUGUUUAUUGCGCUAGCAAGUUUGGUGUAGUAGGCUUCUCACGAAGUUUAGAUACAUGUUAUGAAUCUGAUGGUAUACGGGUCAAUGCUAUAUGCCCAUCAUUCGCGCCAACUAGUUUGUUUGAAGCUUCCAUUGAUUCUCUGGUAAAUGCAAAUCAACAUGAGGAAGCCAGAAAAAUGAAAGCUAUAAUAAUUAGCAUUGAUCAAGUUGCUCGUGGAAUGAUUCAAUUAGUGGAAGAUGAUACAAAAAAUGGAGCUGUUAUGCGAAUUACCGCUGCUAAAGGCAUAGACUACCAACCCUAUCGUUCAUCUAAAUUAUAG